UUAAAUUCACUUUCUUAAGACUAUACGUUUCAGAUAUGUUCGAACCAACUGAAGACAUUUGUUUAUGUUUGUUAGAAAAAAAUUAGUUUGUUGUGAUUUAUAAAAAUUUAAUUAUAAUAAUAAUACAAAGAGUUACAUUAUUCGUGUCCUACACAUCAACCGACUGCAUAAUAAAUAACUUCCAAUAUAUGGACAACAAGUGAUUGAUUCAAAGCUUUAACACCAAUGUGUUUUUUUGGUUAAUUAGAAACUUAUGCAAAAACCAAUUUGAAUUACCAAUAUACUUUUACUGUGAUGCAAUCGUAUACCAAUCAAAAUGAUAUUCAGAAACAUUUUGUGCUCAUUCCUAAUUUGUUUAGUUUUUUGUGAUAUAACUAUAGCGGCCAGUACCAAAAAUAAAAACUCAACUCUCAUUAUAAAAUCGAAUAAAACUAAAUCAAAAUUAACGAAUCAUAAUGGAAAUUCUGCACUAGCACUAUCAUCAUCCACAGCUUUGUUACAAAAUACGUCCACAACGAAGCAGACGGCCUCCAAAGCUAAGAACGAUGGUAACAAAACUUCAAAUAGAAAGUCUAACAAAACCACUGCGAAACCAUCAGCACCGAAACGUGCUAUAGCUACCUCAUCCUCUUUGUCGCGCCAAAUUGUACCGACUCAAUCAUCGAACCGUAUCCAACUGUCGACCAAGGAAAUUCCACCGAGGAAACAACCCACAAAGAGACAGAAAAUCAAAGAACCGCUGAACUAUGACAACGAUCUGUACCAAUGUCCUAAUGCCACACAGGCGGAGUUUCAGCUGUUUCCAACGCUAUGCAAACGGCAUGGUGAAUGCAUAAAGAAUGUUGGGAAAACGUAUCGGUGCUGUAAGCAAUUUGGUAGCAAAAGAUGUUUGAGAGGGGUUGCCAAACCAAUUCCGGAACAGGAUCAUGCACCAAUACUCGGACUUAUACCGAGGAAAUGUCCGAAGGAACCGUUAGCUGAACUAUUUUGGCAAUUGCAAACAUGCGAAACGGACGCAGAUUGUUGGCCGAGAGUUUGUUGCCCGGAUGGAGUGAAGCGGUAUUGUCGCACAUCGAAGCCUGAACUUGAGAAAUUGUCACUUCCCGGUGCCAAGCAACUUUCCUAUCCUAUCGAAUCACUGUCUGCCUACUUGCAAUGUACACCUCCGCCACCGCCCGCUUUCGAUUCAUAUCCGAAAAAGUGUAACAACACCUUGGAUUGCUUCCCGAAUGUGUGCUGUCAGGAAGAAGGCAAAAAACACUGUCGACCGCCUCGUAGAUCACUUCUCGCCUUAGUCACAGGCUUUGCCCAGCGAUUCAACACUGGCCUCGUCAGACAAUGGACCGAUAAUUUAGUAAUAAAAUGAAGCCGUUGCCGAGACAAACUUAUUUAUUAUUUGCCAACAAAAUUGCCAAUAAUUGAAAAUGUCAUGUCGCCAAUAAAAUGUAAACAAUGACCAUCCAUGGACGUGUUUUAAUACUUCCACUCUCCUUUUUUUUUAAACCGGGGCGUGAACCGCUGUCUCAACUUUCAAUUAUUCCCAAUGAUGUUGCCAUUA